CGAGCGCAGUGCUGGGAAUCCGCGUCAGUUUCUGCCCUGAAACUCUCCAGAUCAAUGAGCAGAGAGCUUUCUCAGUUCUGCCUUUCAGUUUCUCUCUUCCAGGAAGGAAAACAUUCGAGAGAGAGAGAGCGAGCGAGCGAGCGAGGGCAAGCGGCGGGAGGCGGGGGGCGGGGGCGCCGGCCGCGGGUGGGAGGAGAGAGCGGGAGGCCGGCCGGGCUGCGCCCCGGGUCGCCGCGCCGCCGCGCCGUGACCUGCAGACCCCGCCGCCGCGCUCGGCCCGGCUCCCACGCCCCCGCCGCCCCGCGCGCCCACUCCGCCGGCCGCCCCGCCCGCCCCGCGCGCUCGCAGGACCCCCCGGGGCGGCUGCCGGGAGAGAUGCUGGAAGAAACUUCUUAAAUGACCGCGUCCGGCUGGCCGUGGAGCGUUUCUGGGUUGGGGAGAGGAAAGGAAAGUGGAAAAAAACUGAGAACUUCCUGAUCUCUCUCGCUGUGAGACAUGUCUGAGACUCCUGCUCAGUGUAGCAUUAAGCAAGAGCGAAUUUCAUACACACCACCCGAGAGCCCGGUGCCCAGUUACGCUUCCUCGACUCCACUUCAUGUUCCAGUGCCCAGAGCGCUCAGGAUGGAGGAAGACUCGAUCCGCCUGCCUGCGCACCUGCGCUUGCAGCCAGUUUACUGGAGCAGGGAUGACGUAGCCCAGUGGCUCAAGUGGGCUGAAAAUGAGUUUUCUUUAAGGCCAAUUGACAGCAACACGUUUGAAAUGAAUGGCAAAGCUCUCCUGCUGCUGACCAAAGAGGACUUUCGCUAUCGAUCUCCUCAUUCAGGGGAUGUGCUCUAUGAACUCCUUCAGCAUAUUCUGAAGCAGAGGAAACCUCGGAUUCUUUUUUCACCUUUCUUCCACCCCGGAAACUCGAUCCACACCCAGCCGGAAGUCAUACUGCACCAGAACCACGAAGAAGAUAACUGUGUCCAGAGGACCCCGAGGCCGUCCGUGGAGAAUGUGCACCACAACCCUCCCACCAUUGAACUGUUGCACCGCUCUAGGUCACCCAUCACCACCAAUCACCGGCCGUCUCCUGACCCAGAGCAGCGGCCCCUCCGGUCCCCCCUGGACAACAUGAUCCGCCGCCUCUCCCCAGCCGAGAGGGCCCAGGGACCAAGGCUCCACCAGGAAAACAACCACCAGGAGUCCUACCCCCUGUCGGUGUCUCCCAUAGAGAAUAAUCACUGCCCACCGUCCUCUGAGUCCCACCAGAAGCCAUCUAGCCCCCGGCAGGAGAGCACACGCGUGAUCCAGCUGAUGCCCAGCCCCAUCAUGCACCCUCUGAUCUUGAACCCCCGGCACUCCGUGGAUUUCAAACAGUCCAGGCUCUCCGAGGACGGGCUGCACCGGGAAGGGAAGCCCAUCAACCUGUCGCAUCGGGAAGACCUGUACAUGAACCACAUCAUGGUCUCCGUCUCCCCGCCAGAGGAGCACGCCAUGCCCAUUGGGAGGAUAGCAGACUGUAGACUGCUUUGGGAUUACGUCUAUCAGUUGCUUUCUGACAGCCGGUACGAAAACUUCAUCCGAUGGGAGGACAAAGAAUCCAAAAUAUUCCGGAUAGUGGAUCCCAACGGACUGGCUCGACUGUGGGGAAACCAUAAGAACAGAACAAACAUGACCUAUGAGAAAAUGUCCAGAGCCCUGCGCCACUACUACAAACUAAACAUUAUCAGGAAGGAGCCCGGACAAAGGCUUUUGUUCAGGUUUAUGAAAACCCCAGAUGAAAUCAUGAGUGGCCGGACAGACCGUCUGGAGCACCUCGAGUCCCAGGAGCUGGAUGAACAAAUAUACCAAGAAGAUGAAUGCUGAAGGCACCAGCCCCGUCUCAACGGCCGCAGCCCAGGGCACCGCUGCCCCAGGACUGCUGAAGGCGGAGCAGGGGACUGCGGAGAGUAGGAGAGGACGAGGCCCGCAAUGGGAGUGACACUUCCCUUGCAUACCAGGAGGGACCCAGAGCACCUUAGACAAACCACCCAGCAAAGGCAGGGCUGGAAUUCUGGCCAGCGGCACGAGCCCAGGACUCGCGUACACGUUCCCCCCUCAUUCGGAAUCUGCCCAUCUGCAAUUCCUCACCCUCGCCCUUCCACCUGUUGUCAGUUUCACGGUGUUUUUAUUUUUAUUUUUUUUUAUGACCACACAGUUUGACUCUCAUCAGUCAUCUAGGGGAAGACAUGAGCUUGUUCUCCUAUGGAAAUAUUAUAUCUAUUAUAUAUAUUUUUUGCAAAUCUCACAAAGUGUGGCAAACCCAGCUCGUCAGGAAAGAGAAAACUUGCAAAAGGGUCCAGCUCCUCUUGCCCCGCCACGUGGAUCCGGUCUGUGCCUGUUGCUGUUGGAUCUUGGGAGGCAGGGGGCAGGGAAAAGAGGAUGCUUUUAAAAAAGAUAAAGUGAAAAAGGAGAGGUCUCUUUCUCUCUCCUGCUCUUUCUCCUUCCCUGCCUUCUCCACCACCCCCCCCCCGCCCCCCGCGCCCCCCUGGAGUUCAGCCUCUUGGAGAGUCUGGGUAGCAAUUGGCAUCUAAGUCAGACCCACAUCCCUGCACUUGGCCACCGUCCGAGGGAGCCCAAACACCUGAGAGGCUGCUGUCCUCCAGGGAGACGGGUGUCCAUCCCGCAGACAGACGCGGCGUGAGGGCCCCGCAGCUCAGGGUUCUCCAGCCUCGGCCCAAGCUGGCGCUGCGGGUUAUUUGGAAGCCCCAGCACCUGGGACCACAGUGGAAAACCCGCAAAGGCCACACAGGCCUGAGGGCCCAGAAACGGAGUAAGAGCUCUGAGCUGGGACCUGUUAUCCCGAAGCAGGCCAUGCAGGCCACACAGGCCACGCAGGCAGGCAGGGUGCCUGUGCUCCAUCACGUGGUCAGUUCCAUGCCCUCACCUAACUUUUUUUUUUUUUUGCAAUUUCUAGGCUUUUUAAAAGUUUCCCGGUCCCCAGAGGGCACAGGGCAUUGGAGAAGGGAGGACCUUGGAAUGUGCAGUCUUGGUUGCUACCUGUGUUUGCCCAGCCAGGGCAGACAGCAAAUCCCUCAGAUACAUGACUGUUUCCUUCUGUCCUUCUUGCAUAGCUGUGCUGCAGAAUGGACCCAUCCGUGGCUCUUUUUCCCCUCAAAAUAAGAUCAAUUGUAUCUAGGAAAGUGAGGCUAGCGCCACCCCUUCGUACUUUUGAUAACAUUUUUAGAGAGCUGUUUAGAUUUGCUUUCCUUUUCUAGCCGUCAAAGUUCCCUCUUCCAAUACAGGUUCAGAAUCCAAUAUGAGGAGUACAGUGUGUUUUAAUUCAAAAGAUUGGACCUGCCUUACAAAACACCCCCUCCUUCUUUCCCUCAGCUCCCCCAGGGUACGUAGGUGAUGGUCAGCAGGGGUCCCAGGUGAGGCUGCCAGACCCCGCCUCUUCUCCAGCCAUUAGACACAAUCCUUCCCCAGCCUCCUGACAAGGACACCAGUGGGGGCGAAGGGCACCAUAGGUUAAGGAUGGUUUCAGGACCGUGGACUUGAGGAGCUGAUCGGGGCUCUUUGUUCUUGCUCUGUUCCUGCCUCAUAUCAGACCAUAUGUAGACACACGGAGGUGGCCAGCCACUCCCAGGUCACACACUCCCCCCACUCUAACUUGCAGAAUAUCAGGCUUGUGAUGAGGUCAGAGACCAUCUGUGGGAGGCUAGAGGCUCCCACGGGGAGGGUCUGGUCUGAAUCGGUGUGGAUGGGGCAGUGCCCCUGGGUCCCAGCAGGCCACAGAUGUCUCUCAGGAGUGUGCAGCCGCACACCAGCCUCUGAGAUGACUGAUGUAUCUCCAAGGGGGAGAUGAAGCCAGAUACCUGGCGUGUUGUGAAAGCCACUGCGUUUGAGGGCUGGAGAAGCAGGCUGGAUUUUCAGUGGGGCCCUUUGUGUGAUUAUGAAAUCAGACACCAGGGCAUGCUGCUCUUCCCUAAGAUGAGGACAUGUCAUUCCGUCCACCUGACCCAGGUAGUGCGACUCGGGCUGCUUUCCAGUCCAAGAAUCUUAUGGAUGAAUUAUGGAGGAAAAUUCCCUUUGGCCCCAAGGAUUUCUCUGUAUUUAAAGCAAUAUUCUCUAUGAAAAUGUAAGACAGGAUGACACCUUCAGCCACUUAAAGAAGAAAUAGAAGGUGCUAAUUCCAGUAUAGUCUUGAUUUCCCAUCCAGGUAUUUAUUACCAAUAAUGAUUUUCUAUUGAUUUCCCUUAACAUCAAAGACCUUCUCAUCUGUUCUUUGAGAGAACACCUGGGCAGUGCUGACACCAGGGGUACCGUGCUCACACAUGCAGACCCCAAAAGUUUCAGAUUGAAUGUAGCCAGCCUUCAUGAAGCACCUGUGAGGCCCGCGAGGGACUCAAAAGUGAAUCGGGCACGAUCCUGCCCUCCGAAAGCUUGCUUCCUACCUGCAGAAUCCGUCCAGCAUGACAUGUCCCACUUCAACACUACACACCAAGGGAGGUGAACAUUCCACCUGGGUCCAAGUUAAAAGCACAUCUGUGAUCUACACAGUUGGUCUUUCCCUGCAGCUAUCGGGGGAAUUCUUGGCUUGCGAGAUCAGAACUUGGGAAAGGAAAAUGCAGAGGAAGAUUACCUAGGGGGAGGGGAGCUUUCUCCAGCAGUGUCCGGAAUAGGCACGCUCACUUGGAUCUUGAAAUUCUCUAGCAUCUCCUCCCUGCACUUAGAGUUAGUCAGAUUGCCUCCUCUCCAUCGGAAGGUAGCAGUGGCGAAGGGAUGGACUGGCUGUGUGGCAGUAACAUGAUCUCUAAGAUCUUUUUGUACUAAGGCAACAUGGCCUGGCCUAAGGCAGCAUCACCGAUGGUCCAGAUCAUGGGAGAAGGGCGGUCUCACAGGAAAAGAGGAAUAACAAACUUAGGAUAUGCUGCUUUCAACAGUAUCUUUGGAGCCUCUGAUCCAUUGCCUUCUGACACUGAGGGUGUAGAUUUAGCUGCCACUUAAAGGCUAUGGCAAGAUUUACCUAAAUGACUAAGUCGGCACCAUUUCCACCUUUCCCUGCCUAGGUUCCAACUCUGAAAACAUUUUUGAAAUAUUAACUCCUUUUGCAGAGGGAAACCUGAGUGUUAGGUACUAGGACUUGCCCUAGGAGCAGACAGCAUGCCAGGGACGGAGUUAGGUUUGGGAUCCAGCCCAAUCAUACCCCCAUUUGACCCAUUCCCACCCAGGAAGCUGAAGAUAAAAGGUCUGGGAAAAUACACAAAGAACAAAGGGCGGUUUUCUUCGCCCAGGCAUUCCAUUCGGUGCUAGUUAGUUUUCACCUGCUCAGCCUGCUCCUCUCUGGGCAGAAGCCUGGAAUGAAGGGAGUGACAAGAGGAAGCCAGCGCAGGGGAGGGAGGGGACACAAUGGUCCCUGCCUGUCUAAAACCCCCAAGACUAACCUGAUACUCUUGGCCCCAUCUGCAUCAACACUAACAGCUCCGAGCUCCCUGGAUCUUUCACACAUGCCAAGUGAACAUUCUUGAAGGUUCCUCUUUGUGACUGCAACCACCUGCAAACCCAAACGAAUCUAGAAUUUCUGUUUUGUUUUCUCUUUUUGUUUGUUUAAUUUCUAAUCUCUUGUUGUUUAUGAGGUGUGGGGUUUAUAAGGGACAGAAUCAAAUGAAUGUAACAAAAAAGAAAAAAGAAAAAAAAUGCCUUUUCUCAGGGCCAGUGAGUUGCAAAUAAUUUUUAAAGAAAAGCCUAUAAUUGCAUCAUCUCAAUAAAUUUUUUAUUUAAAAAAAAAAA